AGUGACGCAGCCGUGAGUCUGUUCAGCUGCUAAAAACAGCAUCGAGUAUUUUAUCGAGUUAUUGUGGCUUACAGAAGAUAUUACUUUAGAAGUAGAAGCACAGGACAUGAUGACUGAUAGUGAAAAUGUUGCAGUUGAAGGCUGUGGUGCAGCUGGCCGUAACCUGACACACUGGCUCCAGGAGCAGUUUGGUAACAGGCCUCUGGAACAGAGUGAGGACACACGUCUACACAACGCUGCUCAUUUGGGAGAUCUGGACACUCUCAGGACCCUCCUACAAGAAGACUGCUUCAGACAGCGGAUUAAUCAGAAGUUGAUCUGGUCAUGUGGUUUGCUGCCUUGCACACCCCUGCGCAUUGCAGCCAUGAUGGGUCGCAGCGACUGUGUGGCCUUCCUGAUCUCUCAGGGAGCUGAUGUGGACCUAGUGGACGUGAAAGGUCAGACUGCUCUGUUCAUGGCUGUGGUUAACGGACAUCUUGACUGUGUGAAGAUCCUUCUGGAAGCUGGUGCUGAUCCUAAUGGCAGCAGGCACCACCGGAGCACACCUAUAUACCAUGCUGCACAAGUGGGUCGAGCGGACAUCAUGCUGGAGCUAAUCAGGUUCCAUGCUGAUGUUGACAUUGACCACCGACUGGAGCAGAAGGUUAUAUUCCGCACUCGUACUUUGACAACUCUGGCAGCCUGUCCACUGUACAUCAGCGCCGCGUACCACCAUCUCCCCUGCUUCCGGAUGCUUCUGAAAGCAGGCGCCAAUCCUGACUACAACUACAAUGGGCCCGUGAACAGGGACGCGUUGGUCAAGGGCCGGGCCUCCUGUAUGCUGGAUGCGGUUCUCAGACUGGGAUGUGAUCCAGUAUUUGUUAGCUUGCUGCUGGAUCACGGUGCUGACCCACAUGUAGUGCACUGGGACGAGCUCGACCCUGACACAAUGAUUCGGUUAAAGGUCAACGUCGAAGCCCUCUGUGUCUACCAGGAGGCCAGAAGAAACCCUCAGCGACUGAUGAACCUGUGCCGCAUUACUAUCCGGAAGAUCUUUGGCAAGAAGCAUAUGUCGUGCAUCUCUUCUCUUCCACUACCAGACACCAUCAUUACAUUUAUCCUUCACAAUGACUGAUGUAGCUCUGCUUCUGCCUGUCCGGAUGGUCGAUUAAAUCAAGGUUGUUGUUGACACUCCACAACAUUAUUUCAAUGGAAACCAACGGCAUCUGUGAUGGCAAGGUAACACAUUUUUGAUUUGAUUUUGAUCACAUUUUGCUGAUUUUGAAAUGGAAUAAUUUGUGAACCAAAUGCUUAAAGGGUUAGUUCACCC